AUGUCGCCGAACGAGCCCAUUGUUGUUGUUGGAAGUGCAUGCCGGUUUCCGGGCGGUGUUGAUAGCCCAGCGAAGCUAUGGGAACUCUUGAAAGAACCGAAAGAUUUGCAAUCUGAAGUUCCAAAGGAGAGAUUCAAUAUCGACGCAUUUUACCAUACCGAUGGCUCUCACCAUGGAAGGACCAAUGCCCGUCACGGAUACUUUCUCGAUGAAACGCCGAGGGCUUUUGAUGCGUCGUUCUUCAACAUCCAAGCCGGCGAGGCAGAGAGCAUAGAUCCGCAGCAGCGUUUGCUCCUGGAAACCACCUACGAUGCUGUGGCCGCGGCUGGAUAUGGACUACACGACCUUCGCGGUUCUGAUACCGCGGUUUACGUCGGCUUGAUGACCCACGACUUUGAGCUCGUCAAAGUCAACGACAUAAGCUACAGCCCAACGUACUUCGCAACGGGUGCCGCUACAAGCAUUGCGUCAAAUCGUUUAUCAUACUUCUUUGAUUGGCAUGGUCCUAGUAUGACUAUUGAUACUGCAUGCAGUUCCUCUCUAGUUGCGGUGCAUCUUGCGGUGCAACAACUGAGGAGUGGAUCGAGCAAGACAGCUAUAGCAGCUGGCUCCAAUUUGAUCUUGUCUCCAAUGAAUUACAUCACGGAGAGCAAGCUGAACAUGCUUUCACCCACGGGCAGAUCCCGAAUGUGGGAUGCUGCAGCCGAUGGGUACGCGCGAGGUGAAGGUGUUGCCACUGUGGUUCUGAAGACGCUUAGCCAGGCACUGCUUGAUGGCGACUCCAUUGAGUGUGUCAUCCGUGAAACGGGCAUCAACCAAGACGGACGCACAACCGGCAUCACGAUGCCGAGCCAUGUUGCUCAAGAGACCCUCAUUCGCGAGACUUAUGCUCGGGCUGGUCUAGAUAUUGCGCAAGCUGAAAAUCGCUGCCAAUUCUUCGAAGCUCAUGGUAGGUACCAAGCAUGA